GCGAUUUUCUUGUUGAUUCAAUUUUUGCAUUUCUUUUGAGAUAAUUUCAACGGGUGAACCAACAAUCUAGAUUCUUCAAACUCAAACUUUUAUUCACUCGCACAAUCAUUAUCUAGUUAUAGAAUAUGAAGCAUAAAAUCAAUAAUAAUUACAGUGGGUGUGCAAUUAGCUGGGUUGGCAAACAAUACGAACCCCAAAUUGAACGUUCAUUCAAAAAUAAAACCACUUUAUUUUAUAGGAAAUGCAUCUAUGGAUCAAUGGCUUUGGAAGUGGGGAGCUAUGUGCUUGUUUCCAACAUGGACAACGCGGAACCAGAUACGUUAUCGGGAUGCGACAUAGCAAGGAUUGAUCAUAUGUACGAAAUAAUCGAUGACGACAAAAAAACUGAUUGUUACAGAGCUAUUGUACAAUGGUAUUCCCGUCCAACUGCAUUGCCAAACAAAAUUUUAAAUGACGAAAACUAUACGUUUGAUUUCGAUUACGAAAUUGUGGAAGAUUCUCGCUUCAGUCCGGAUAUUUCUAUUGAGACUAUUUUUGGGUUGUGUAGAGUUGAAGUAACAGAGCCUAGAAUAAUAGCUUCUGAAGCUAUUCGACAAAUAUCAUCCAAACUUCCUCUAUUCAUUGCUCGAUACAGACUUGUUCAAAUACCAGGGUCCAAAUCAAUGGACUUAGCUGCGAUUAAACAUGUUGAACAAAACACUCCCAAUAAACGAAAAUCAAUGACCGAUAAAACCAGUAAUGGUGUAAGAAAUACUACUAAAGACACUCCCAAAACUCGAAAACUCACAUUGACUAGGACGAAAUCGAUUGAAUUUGUAAAUAUGAAUGAUUUUAAUGAAGAUGAAAUAGAAACGGCGCAGAUAGCACUAAACCAAGAAAAUUGGGUAAUUAAAUCGGUAAAUAGUGUAGAUAAUUCAUACAAGAAAAAUCUUGACGAUGUUACAAAUGGAAUAUGCGACGUUGACAUUAGCGAUGAUGACACGGAAUCUCCUUCUAAAAUUGCAAGAUUGAAUAGUGUUAGACGCAAAUCUGGUACGUUUCGGAAGAAUUUGAAUUCGAGCUUUUAUUGCGAGUCGCCAAUGUCUUCGGAUACAGAGAGCCUAAAUUACUCAAUCGUUAAGGAUGACGAAAAUAAAACGCCAAACAUAAAGAUUAAGUUGAGAUUGUCUGGGCGACAGAAAGGACCAGUCGAGACUCUCACUCGCAGAUCUACUAGGAAGCGAUCAACAUGUGAAGAGAAGAUGUCAACAGAUACCGAUGUAUCGCCCAGGAAAAACAAGAAAACUGUGUCAAUUGAGAAUCCAACACCAAAAACUCCAACAACGAGACCAAGACGUAAAAGUAUUCUGAAAACGCCUUGUUCUAAAACAAAGGAUUCGGUUGAUACUCCAAAACGGAAUAUUCAGCUUUCAAAUAUAGUAGAAGAAUUUUCUGAUGGAAGGCGUACAUCAAAAAGAAUUGAUACUGCUUCACCAAAAUCCGAAAGGAUGAUAGAUGAACCGAAAACUCCUCGUUCAAGAGGACGGCCAUCAUCGGAUGCGUCCAGAUCUACUCCGAAAAGUUCAACCAAACUAAAACUCAUUCGAUCAGGUGCUUUAAAGCCCAAUAUUCAAGAACGCGAUGCUCCCGUUAUGACAUCAUUGUGUGACCAAUUGGCGAUGGCUCGUGAACGCUUGCAUGUAUCGGCAGUACCAUCAAGUCUUCCGUGUCGAGAAAAAGAGUAUGAAGAAAUUUACAGCUUUUUGGAAAAUAAAAUUGCCGAUAGAUGUGGUGGCUGCAUGUAUGUAUCGGGGGUUCCGGGAACUGGAAAAACAGCCACCACCAGUGCUGUGAUUCGAGCUCUUCAAGCCCUGGCCAAAGAGGAAGAGAUUCCAAAGUUUGAGUUUGUGGAAAUAAACGGGAUGCGAUUGACAGAACCACGGCAGGCCUACGUCCAUAUUUAUCGGCAAUUGACAGGGAAAACCUUAGCCUGGGAACAAGCAUAUAACUUACUAGACAAACGAUUCACAACCAAAGCGCCCCGACGUUUGACAACAGUGCUGUUGGUUGAUGAGCUAGAUAUUCUUUGUAAUAGGCGACAAGAUGUCGUUUAUAAUCUUCUAAACUGGCCUACCGCUGCGGCUGCUCAGUUAGUGGUGAUAACUAUUGCAAACACUAUGGAUCUCCCAGAACGACUGCUCAUGGGGAAAAUAUCAUCUCGAUUAGGUCUCACUCGUCUUACUUUCCAGCCAUAUAAUUUUCGACAGUUACAAGAAAUAGUCAUGGCUCGUCUCACCGGAACAUCGGCUUUCGAUGCCGAUGCAGUUCAAUUGGUGGCGCGAAAGGUGGCUGCUGUGUCUGGUGACGCACGUCGAGCAUUGGACAUAUGUCGCAGGGCUACAGAAUUGGCUAACGAGCAAUCGAAGAAUUGUGGCAAUUUUGUUAACGUCUCAAUGAAACACGUACAACAUGCUCUUUCGGAGAUGAUCGCAAGUGCUAAAGUGCAGACAAUCAAGAGCUGUUCCCGAUUGGAGCAACUGUUCCUGCAAGCCGUAACGGCAGAGGUCGCGCGAACCGGAAUAGAAGAGUGUAGUUUUCUCGGUGUUUAUUCUCAAUUUGAGUCUUUGGCAGCGUUUACUGGGAUAACAGUUCCUAACCCUGGAAAAACAAUAGCUAUUUGCAGCCGAUUAGGAACCUCUCGUUUGCUGAUAUGUGAAAACUCACGUAACGAUAUAUAUCAGAAAAUUUUACUAAACAUAAGUUCCGAUGACGUACACUAUGCUUUGCAGGCAAGCAGUUUAAUCUAAAUUCUAUUUUGAAAUGUAUAAUAAUGAAUUGUUUCGAAUUAAAUAACCAAAAUGUUUGA